AUGAGAAUCCUAGUCACAAGAAUAGUAAAGGUUCCCGAAGACUGCACUGCGACCCAGGAGGGGAAGAUCUUUACAUUCCAAGGCCCAAAGGGAAGCAUAGUAGAAGACUGCACUCGCCAUCCCCUGACAUUUGACAUCCACGAAGGGAAUAUCCGGAUCAGACUUUGGAACGGGAAGAGGAAGGCCAUGGCUCUUGCAAUAACUGUAGAGUCUCUGCUGAGGAAUGCCAUCAAGGCUGUUACUGUCGGGUUUGCAUACACCAUGAAGGCUGUAUACAACCACUUCUCCAUAAACAUGGAGAUUAAGGAGGACGGGAAGAUUCUCCUUGUGAAGAAUUUCCUUGGAGAGAAGAAUGUCAAAAGGUUCAGGAUGCGGGGUGCAGCAAGGGUCCGACUUGAUGAGAGGAAGGACACAAUAGUGAUUGAAGGGCCAUCGCUGUCGGAUGUUUCCCAGAGUGCAGGGACGAUAACGAACGAGUGCAAGGCAAAGAACCGUGACAGUAGAGUGUUCCUCGAUGGAAUUUUUGUCACUGAGAGAGGCAUUAUGGCUUGA